UUGAGCAGAGGGGCUGGUGUUUUUUAGAGAAUAAAUACGGAUGGGAGAAAGCGUCCCUUCAGAAUUCAGUCAUGCAUUAAGCAGUGACAUCAUUUUGUUGGAUAUAAAUAUCUCGGUGUGUGCCAGGCCAGCGGAGCCACUCCAGCACCCCCAGCAGCAGCUACACACACCGACCACCUCGCAGCACGGCUGGGGUAAUGCCCACGAGCGUCUUCGGGAAUCGGAUGUGUUUCUAGUGUGCGCACGGUUCCUCGUGCACUGGCACGACACACAGAGCUUUUCAGUGAGCUCGGGAUACACCACAACAACGCAAUGAUAGAAGAAGAAGAAGAAGAAGAAGUGGCCUAGCGGAGCCAGAGGACUGACAAGAGUUUCCUUUUUGGAAGAAUGAAUGUUCCUCUUUCCCUUUUUACCUUUGCUCUGCUGCAGUUGAUUAGCGCCGCUGUGGUCGCCGUCUCCACCGCCGUAGUCGCUGGAUCCCUUGGACACGUUUCCUUGGAAGACCAACUUCUGGAAGCGGGUACAGUCAGUGGUUCCGGACGCAGGACUUGCAGACUGUACUGUCGGGUUGGCAUUGGUUUUCAUCUUCAGAUACACACUGACGGACGAGUUAACGGCAGUCAUGAACCCAAUCGGUUAAGUGUCCUGGAGCUCUUUGCUGUAUCUCAGGGUGUCAUCGGUAUCCGAGGAGUCUACAGUAACAAAUUCCUUUCCAUGAACAAGAGAGGAAGGCUUCACGCUGUGGAGCGGUUCACGGACGACUGUAGAUUCCGGGAGCGUUUCCAGGAGAACAGUUACAACACGUACGCCUCAGUGUUGCACCGGAACCACCGGACGGGACGGGACUGGUACGUGGCCCUCAACAAGAGAGGCAAAGCCAAGAUGGGCUCCAGCCCCAGGGUCAAAUCACAGCACGUCGCCACGCACUUCCUCCCCAGGCUCAACCUGCACGACCUGCAGAGCGAACGAGGCUUCAGCAUCACAGACAGGAGUAAAGAGAGGAGGAAAAGCCUCCCGGUGGCACCUCAGCCGCCCUCGCAGCCGAAGAUGAACCUUAAUACAGGAACAGGGAAGAGGGUGCAGACUGUCAAGUACUGGCCAAAGUUUCGGUUCGGAUAGACUGAGGAGAGGUUCAUGUCAACGAAGACUGUAGGUUGAGUGCUGUAGCCUGGAAUCCAUGAUAGGAUUCAGGAUUGCCAGACUGCUGUAGUGAAACAAUGGUGAAACAGAGUUCCAGGCUAUGUGGAUUGGAUUAGGGCUGAAUAGCGGGAACUGUGUUGCCGAGAUUAACAGAGAUUUUCCCGCCUAAAACCACUCCCUUUUCCCAGGAUGAAUAACUGCAAAAAACAGUCAAUUAUACACUGAACAAAAAUGUUAAUGCAGCACGCAACAAUUUCAAAGAUUUUACUGAGUUACAGUUCAUAUAAGGUAACCAGUCAAUUAAAAUAAAUUCAUUAGGCCCUAAUCUAUGGAUUUCACAUGACUGGGAAUACAGAUAUGCAUCUGUUGGUCACAGAUACCUAAAAAUAAAGGUAGGGACGUGGAUCACAAAACCAGUCAGUAUCUGGUGCGACCAUUUGUCUCAUGCAGCGCGACUCAUCUCCUUCACAUAGAGUUGAUCAGGCUGUUGAUUGUGGCCUGUGGAAUGUUGUCCCACUUCUCUUCAAUGGCUGGUGGGAACUGGAACACGCUGUUAUACACGUCAAUCCAGAGCAUCCCAAACAUGCUCAAUGGUUGAAAUGUCUGGUGAGUAUACAGGCUAGGGAAGAACUGGGACAUUUUCAGAUUCCAUGCAUUAUCAUGCUGAAACAUGAGGUGAUGGCGGCGGAUGAAUGGCACAACGACAAUGGGCCUCAGGAUCUCAUUAUGGGUAUCUCUGUGCAUUCAAAUUGCCAUGGACAAAAUGCAAUUGUGUUAGUUGUCUGUAGCUUAUGCCUGCUCAUACCAUAACGCCACCAUGGGGCACUCUGUUCACAACGUUCAUAUCAGCAAACCGAUCGCCCACACAAAGCCAUACACACUGUCUGCCAUCUGCCCGGUACAGUUGAACCCGAUUCAUCCAUGAAGAGCACACUUCUCCACAUGCCAGUGGCCAUCGAAGGUGAGGAGUUGCCCACUAAAGGCGGUUAUGAUGCCUAACUGCAGUUAGACCCUGGUGAGGAACGACAAACACGCAGAUGAGCUUCCCUGAGACAGUAUCUGACAGUUUGUGCAGGAAUUCUUUGGUUGUACAAACCCACAGUUUCAUCAGCAGUCCGGGUGGCUGGUCUCAGAAUAUCCCGCAGGUGAAGAAGCUGGGGUCCUGGGCUGGGCUGUGGUCCUGGGCUGGUGUCCUGGGCUGUUGUCCUGGGCUGGGGUCCUGGGCUGGGCUGGGGUCUGGGUUGAGGUCCUGGGCUGGUGUCCUGGGCUAGGGUCCUGGGCUGGGGUCCUGGGCUGGGGUCAUGUGCUGGUGUGGUUUGUGCUGUGGCAUUGUGUUGUAUGACAAAACUGCACAUUUGAGUGUGGCCUUUUAUUGCCCCCAGCACAAGGUGCACCUGUGUAAUGAUCAUGCUGUUUAAUCAGAUACUUGAUAUUCCACACCUGUCAAGUGGAUGGAUUAUCUUGGCAAAAGAGAAAUUCUCAAUAACAGUGAUGUAAUACUAAUUUGUACACAACAUUUGAGAGAAAUAAGCUUUUUGUGCAUAUGGAACAUUUCUUGGAUCUUUUAUUUCAGCCCAUGAAACAUGGGACCAACACUUUACUGAACAAAAAAUAUAAAUGCAACAUGUAGAGUGUUGGGCCAAUGGCAAAGUUGUGAACAGAGUGGCCCAUGGUGGCGGUGGGGUUAUGGUAUGGGCAGGUAUAAACUACGGACAACGAACACAAUUGCAUUUUAUCGAUGGCAAUUUGAAUGCACAGAAAUACCGUGAGGAGAUUCUGAGGCCCACUGUGAGGCCCAUCUUUUUUUUAAGGCAUUCCCAGGUGCGUAUUUGUAUUCCCAGUCAUGUGAAAUCCAUAGAUUAGGGCCGAAUUAAUUGAUUUCAACUGACUGAUUUCCUCAUAUGAACUGUAACUCAGUCAAAAAUUGUUUAAGUGGUUACAUGUUGCAUUCAUAUUUUUGUUCGGUAUAAUUAUAGUCCUAUUCAAGCAUGUCAUUACAAUGAUGAUGAUAACAAAACGUAUUUAAUUUAACUGUUGAAAGCGAGAAAGUAAUUAAGUAACAGAAAGAGGAGGGAGGCGAAUACGAACAUUGUACAACAUUAGCGGAAAUAUUAUGAAAGGUUGGCCUAUAUAUGUGAGUCAACCUACUAUUUCUAAAAAUGCCAAAUAGGCCCUAGUAUAUUUCUAGAUUAAAAUUAAAUUCACUAGCCUAUACUUGUAACUUUUUAGGCUGCAUGUCCUGCACCAGCAUCGUAUGUUCUCUCCCAACUUCAUGGUUUAGAACGAGGUGCGUAAUUCCAGUUAUAUAACACAGUAUAAUACAAUACAGUACAGUAAUACAGCUCACACUCAAAAAGAUUAACCUACUAGAGCUAGUUCCAUUUAUUUAGCCAAGAGAGUAUAUAGCUAGCUACAUCUAUGGGCUUUUCUGUUUUUCUGUUGAGCGUAAUGUGCAGUAUCGUCUAUCAUGUUCAUUUAUUCGAUAACGGGCACAAUCAUUUGGCCGUUUUGGGGCUUGGGCUCAUAAAAUGCAUUUAAUUGUAGGCCAUCGGGCUCAGGUAGCAUUGAGUAUGAAUUAUCAUGCCGAUCAAAGCUCUAAUCAAAUCCAGACAUAUUCAUAUAUAUUCUUUAGAGUCCGUCCAACUCAUUCCAAGGAGGGGCCGAGUGUCUGCAGGUUUUCCCUCCUUCCUUUUACUUGACUGAUGAAUUAAGGUCACUAAAUUAGCAAAGAAUUUCCCUCACCUGGUUGUCUGUCUUAAUUGAAAUGAGAGAAAAAAGUAACAGUCAUCUAGGCCGUCCAUGGAAUGAGUUGGACAUCCCUUGCUUUAGAACUUCCAGUUUGGGCGCAAAAUACCUGGUUACCCGGGGAAAAAAAGUUAUUUAUUCUCUAGAUGGAUGAUUUGUAAAAUACCGGGAAAAUAUUCAGCCCAAGGUUGGAUGGAUUUCUGGGCACAUCAACAGGACUUCUGUUCCGUGUUUAUUUUUCUGAACUUUGACUUUUCCAUUAUUAGAAGCAUUCCUGUUGUCAUACAGUACAGGUAUGUAAAGUGAGUUCAAAACCAAAGGGAUGUCAAAUGCAACCGUUGAGUUUUGUAAUUGUAAAGCUUUGAUGUUACUGUCACGUUGGCGUGAAGGGUCAGGAGACAGGCGCAGGAAUGCGUAAUAGUGUUUUUUAUUAAGCCCAAAUGACAGAAUGUCCCGUGUAAAGGCAAGGGGACGAUGACCAAACAAACACUUUUACAAAACACAGGGUUGACCCGAAACAAAAGAGCGAGGAGUGCCUUGAAUAAAUAACACAAGUGCACAAUGAUUAUCAUACGGGACGAGACCUGUAAUCAUCUGCUCAAUCCACAAGGGCACGAAAGCCCAAAACACACAGCAUAGGUACUCACACGCACCAAGGGACAUUGUAACAAUAAUCGACAGCCCAGUGGAAACCAAAGGGCACACUGAUACAGGUACUGAUCGGUGGGAACAGGGGACAGGUGUGUGUAAUGAAAGUUCCGGAGGGAUCCGUGACAGUUACCAAUGGUUUGGGUUUUGGAAAAUGCUUUUACGAAGUGGUUCACGUUCUUACCCCCUUUUUUAGGAGGUAUUGUUCUCCUUCUGUGAAAAACUCUUGAAUCUCUAUGAGAUUGUUCAUGUCUAAACCAAGUUCACACAAGGUUGUUGUUUUCUUCCUUCUCAAAAGUCAUCUGAAAUCCACGUCCCACGAUCACUGUUAGGGUAUGAAAAGAUCAGACAAACUUCAGUUUUGGGGUGAACCAUCCCUUUAAUCGGGCCAACUAAAAAGACAAAGUGACUAGUUGAUCUCCAGGGUCUUGAACAGCUGGGGGGGGGAUCAAGUAGUAAACUGUCCAUCAGAACUAUCCUAUAUUUUAGCAGCCGGCUGUCACGAGAGAAAAAUCCCCUGUCAUGACCCUGCGGCCUGAGGAAUUCCUCCCUGGAGGACAGUUCCAUGGGAUAAAGAUGCCUAGAAGGGCCGUGUUUUGGAGAAGGCUCAAGCCAUAGGUGUAUCGGAUGGCAUAAAGGCAGACAGCCGCUGUCCGUGUAGAAGGAAAACUGUGAGGAGGAGGAGGAGGGGGGUUGGAUAGUUUUGAAGACUGGUUUGGUUCGUAACCCAGGUCUUCUGGAUGCUAUACAACUGUGUUGUCCCUCUGGGCUAACCCAGGUCUUCUGGAUGCUAUACAACUGUGUUGUCCCUCUAGGCUAACCCAGGUCUUCUGGAUGCUAUACAACUGUGUUGUCCCUCUGGGCUAACCCAGGUCUUCUGGAUGCUAUACAACUGUGUUGUCCCUCUAGGCUAACCCAGGUCUUCUGGAUGCUAUACAACUGUGUUGUCCCUCUAGGCUAACCCAGGUCUUCUGGAUGCUAUACAACUGUGUUGUCCCUCUAGGCUAACCCAGGUCUUCUGGAUGCUAUACAACUGUGUUGUCCCUCUAGGCUAACCCAGGUCUUCUGGAUGCUAUACAACUGUGUUGUCCCUCUAGGCUAACCCAGGUCUUCUGGAUGCUAUACAACUGUGUUGUCCCUCUAGGCUAACCCAGGUCUUCUGGAUGCUAUACAACUGUGUUGUCCCUCUAGGCUAACCCAGGUCUUCUGGAUGCUAUACAACUGUGUUGUCCCUCUAGGCUAACCCAGGUCUUCUGGAUGCUAUACAACUGUGUUGUCCCUCUGGGCUAACCCAGGUCUUCUGGAUGCUAUACAACUGUGUUGUCCCUCUAGGCUAACCCAGGUCUUCUGGAUGCUAUACAACUGUGUUGUCCCUCUAGGCUAACCCAGGUCUUCUGGAUGCUAUACAACUGUGUUGUCCCUCUAGGCUAACCCAGGUCUUCUGGAUGCUAUACAACUGUGUUGUCCCUCUAGGCUAACCCAGGUCUUCUGGAUGCUAUACAACUGUGUUGUCCCUCUGGGCUAACCCAGGUCUUCUGGAUGCUAUACAACUGUGUUGUCCCUCUAGGCUAACCCAGGUCUUCUGGAUGCUAUACAACUGUGUUGUCCCUCUAGGCUAACCCAGGUCUUCUGGAUGCUAUACAACUGUGUUGUCCCUCUAGGCUAACCCAGGUCUUCUGGAUGCUAUACAACUGUGUUGUCCCUCUAGGCUAACCCAGGUCUUCUGGAUGCUAUACAACUGUGUUGUCCCUCUAGGCUAACUCCUAGGCAUCUACACAACAUAUGACGAAUCCCACUGGGCACAGACAUCCAAUUCAACAUCUAUUCAACUUUGUUUCAAUGUAAUUGAAUUGCAAUGAUGUGGAAACAACGUUGAUUGUGUUGUAUUCAUACCAGACAUCAUCAUCAUCAUCAUCAUCCUCAUUCAAAGGAAUUCUAACAUCAGAUUAUUAGAAGCGUGUGGUCUCUGUUAUAUGUUUUGUGUGUUUUAUGUUUUAUAAUGGUCAUGAGAUCAAGUCCCAAAGACAGUUUUUCUAUAGUUUUUUUAUUAUUUUUUUAUCUAUGAAAUAUAAACAUUUAAUAUAGAAUGUGACUAAAGGUAAAUCUAUUGCUUGCUACAGUAUGUGUAUGUACAUAAAUAUAUGUUACUAUCAGUCAGUUACGAAACAAGGGAAAUACACGUAACUUCCAAAAUAAAGGAAACCCCAACAUAAAGUGUCUUAAAUAAAAGCUUUAAUGCAUAGA